AUGAUGCAGAACCUACGGGAAUCGAGUCAGCAAGACCGUCGCGUCUAUGUUGGCAACUUGUCCUAUGACGUCAAGUGGCAUCACCUCAAAGAUUUCAUGAGACAGGCCGGAGAGGUCCUGUUCGCCGAUGUGCUGUUACUUCCCAAUGGAAUGUCGAAGGGAUGCGGGAUUGUGGAAUAUGCUACAAAAGAGCAAGCCCAACAAGCGGUCGCGACGCUCAGCAACCAAAACCUCAUGGGUCGUCUCGUCUACGUUCGCGAGGAUCGCGAAUCGGAGCCUCGGUUCUCAGCACCUCCCGGUGCCGCUCGCGGCGGAUUUGAUGGCGGUAUGGGUCGCGGCGGCUACGGCGGCGGCGGCGGCUUCGGUGCUGCUCCUGGAGGUGGCGGACGCCAGAUCUACGUCUCCAACCUUCCUUACAAUGUAGGCUGGCAAGACUUGAAGGAUCUGUUCCGCCAAGCUGCUCAGCAAGGCCAGGUCCUUCGUGCCGACGUCCACAUUGCUCCUGACGGUCGCCCCAAAGGCUCCGGCAUCGUCGCUUUCGAGUCACCGGAAGAUGCCCGCAAUGCAAUUCAACAAUUCAAUGGCUACGAAUGGCAAGGCCGUAACCUCGAGGUCCGAGAAGAUCGCUUCGCUGGACCACCCGCUGGCGGAUUCGGUCGUGGUGGCUUUGGCGGCGGGUUCGGAGCUCGUGGUGGUGGGUUCGCAGGUCGCGGUGGCGGCUUUGGCGGCCGUGGUGGCUUCGGGGGAGGCUUUGGAGGCCGGGGUGGCUAUGGCGGUGGCGGUGGCGGUGGCGGUGGCGGCUACGGCGGUCCUCCUGGCGGCUACGACGCGGGUGCUUCAUCGGCUCCUCCAAACCCAUUCACUGAUCAUGCAACCGCUGGCAACGAGCGCGGACCAAUCAUCUACGUCCGCAACCUGCCAUGGUCGACCAGCAACGAAGAUCUUGUAGAGCUGUUCACCACGAUCGGCAAGGUCGAACGCGCCGAGAUACAGUAUGAACCCAACGGACGCUCACGCGGCACCGGUGUAGUGGAGUUCGAUACGGCUGACAACGCGGACACCGCUAUCUCCAAGUUCACCGGCUAUCAGUAUGGCGGUCGCCCCCUCGGCCUCUCGUACGUCAAGUACUCCAACGUCAGCAACGGAGAUGCCAUGGAGGGAACCGAAGCUACCGGCGGGCUUACUCAAGAUCAGAUCAUGUGA